AUGGCGGAUGAAGCUGCAAGCUCGGAAGCGGGAACGGGUAGUAUUAUGUCUCGAUUUGUGUCAGAACUUUUGGGAAGUCCAUUGAACAUUGUAUUACUUGGAAUAUGUGCAUUUUUAUUAUAUAAAAUUGUGUCUAGUAACCGGCAGUCUGCUGCACCACCACCUCAAGAACCUGAAUUACCAAGGAUGAAGAAAAGGGACUUUACACUGGAACAGUUGCGUGAAUAUGACGGGAAAGGUCAAGACGGUAGGGUUUUGGUAGCAGUUAACACGAAAGUGUUUGAUGUGACGAGAGGGAAGCGCUUUUAUGGACCAGGGGGACCAUAUGCAGUAUUUGCAGGACGAGAUGCAUCAAGAGGACUGGCUUUAUUUUCAUUGACAGAGGAAGCCAUCAAAGAUGAAUUUGAUGAUCUAUCAGACCUAACCUCGAUGCAGAUGGAGAGUGUAAGAGAAUGGGAAAUGCAAUUUACAGAAAAAUAUGACUACAUCGGUAGAUUGCUGCGACCAGGUGAGGAACCAAGAGAUUACACAGACACAGAGGAUGAACCUUCAUCAGAGGAAAAGAAAGAGACAGACAAGAAAAAGGACUGAUACCACCAUCGCUUAUCAGAUAUGGUACAAGAGAAAUCGCUCUUCAUGGUGUUCAAUGUAUUUUGUCCACUUUUUCGGCAUCUGGUGUCAGACUGAUGAAAUUCCUCCUCUGCAUACUAGGCUGGCUAUCAUUAUUGGGCACAAAUGCUUUCAUUUUUUGUUAUUAUUGUAGACAUACUUCCAAAUGAGUGCACCACUAAAAUUAUUUACGUGGAUGUUAAGAAAUACUACAUUUAGUUACUUUUCUUCUGAUUAAUUGAAUUUCAGUCUUAACCAUGGUAUGUAAUGUAAUUUAUAAUUUUUUGGUCACAAUUUAUAUUUUUUGUGUGAAAUUAUUUACAUAUAUAUAUAUAAUCAACUUUAAGAAGAUAAUAUUCAGAAAAGAAUAGCGCAUCAAAAAAGGAAUUGCUUACUGUUUCACUAGUUUGAAAAAAAAUUUGACAGGAGAUAUAUUUUUUUUAAAUGUCCUACUUCAUUUGUUUAUAACAAUAGGCGUAGAGGAAUAUAGGUCAGAAUGAACCAGAAGCCUUCAUGUCAGUCAGUUUUAUCAUGGUGCCAAUAUCAUCCUUUUCAUCAACCCCAUUGCUAUCAUCACAUUUAUCAUGUUAUCAUGAGGUCAUAAUGGUAUCUUGUAACAUUGAAUAUUCUAGAUUUGUUUUCUCUUGUUAUAUUUUGCUAGCUUUAGAAUUCAUUUGCUUGGGCCAUGAAAUGGAACCAUAUGCUUGUUUCUAUAAAAAAACAAAUUAUUUGUUAUUAUUUUUGUACGGUAUAAAAGUGAUUGAUUGAAAAACAAAAGAUAAAUUAAAACAUACAGGAAUGAAAAGCAAAUGAAAAUUGCAAUGUAAGGAAACUGAAGUUAUAUGUGUUAUUUAUUGUGAUGAAAAAUAUCCCUGUAACAUUUUGUUCUUGUAAACCAGCAUCCGACUGAUAACAAUUCAAAAUAAAUUAUGAAAAUACUGUUUACCAUCAGUUUGAGUUUUUUAAAGUGGAAAAUUGGAUGACAGUUCAAGUUUCUUAUUCUUUUCAAAGACAGGAAGUAUUGUCAGUGUGUUCAGUUUGGUAUAAUUCUUAAUUUUGAUGUAAGUCACAAUAAAAUAUUUAUGCUUAGGUUCACAUCAAGCUUCCACUUGUUCUUGAUCAUUAAGGAUUCUUAGGACUAAAGUUUGAUCUGAAAAUCUUUUCUUAACACUAAAUCAAGUGAUUAAAAUUUCAAAUUUGCAAUCAAUUUGAUUGAUUGCUUAAGAUGUAAGAGAUACCUGUAUAAAAAGACAUUGUUCAACAUCCUUUUUUUAAUCAGAUUCUGUGUUUGGAUAUAGCCAUGAUCCUAUAGAAGUCAUGCAUGCACUAGUCAUUCAAAUAAUUUUUUUUUAUAAUUGGUGAUAAAGAUCAAUAUACUUAAUGUUAACUUUUUUUAGUACAUAUAAUUUGAUUUUUUUAAUUUUCAGGAUUUGAUAAAGAGCAUUAAAAUCACAGUUACAAAUUAUUAUUAAACAGAUAUUUCAAAAGCUUAUAUUAAACAUUAUACCAAAGUUUCACUUUUUUAUAUA